CGAUAAUGUGGACAUCCAAACCGCACAGGAGAGAGGUGGCGGUGGACGAGGACAGCGACGGCGAGGGGCUCGUCGCGCACUUUCCCGCGCACGCGAGCGAGCCCGUCGCUGCCAUGACCUUUGACCCGUCGGGAACGCUCCUGCUGACCGCCUGCCGCCUCGGACACAACUUCCACGUGUUCCGCGUGAUGGCGCAUCCUGUCUGCAGCUCCCAGGGGGCGCUGCACCACCUCUACACGCUGCACAGGGGCGACACGACGGCUACGGUUCAGGACAUGUGUUUCACGCAGGACAGUCGCUGGGUGGCCGUUAGCACACUGCGCGGAACAACGCAUGUGUUCCCCGUCACACCGUACGGAGGUAAGCUGUGA